AUGCCGUCUAAUAGGAUUUUCGUUGUCCGCGAAAUGCGACAUAACAAAGUAAUUCCUAUCAACACGGACUCUAAUGACAUAUCUAAGGAUGAGCUCAAGGAUGAAUUAGCCGAGUACAUCGAGAAGAACCAAGGCCUUGACAUCGAAUCACCUUAUAACGAUUCAGAAUUUUUCCGUAGCAUUAAACCCGUUAUUUACUUUCUUCGAGUGUUUGGGUUAUUUUUCAAACGUUAUAAAUAUAAUGGGAAGUGGCAGACGGAUGGAUGGAUUAUCAUGUGUAUAUUUAUGUGUUGUAUUCAAUUGUUCAACUUGGCAAGAUCUUGUUUAGUUUAUAGCGGAAGUGACGAAUUUGAUGAAUUGCUAUUUUUCAAAAUCCAAUCUACUAUAUGGACUCUUGAAAACGCCGUAAAGAUGCUCGGCCUCAUGUAUGCCCUAUUCAAAAAGAAUAAACUACCCUUGUUCUUCCAGUUAUGGACAACAACGUGUAAAGACAAACCGUUAGGAAAACAUUUGAAAGCUGUUAUGAAAUUUUCACUGAUGAUAUCCACGAACUUUGUCAUCGUCAAUAUUUCUAGUUUGAUUUUAGCGUUUUUAGCAGUGCCCGAAUUGGGGGAUCUGUUUCUUCAUGCUACGUGGCCUGGGAUCGUUGGUUCUUCCAACAAUCUCAUGUUUAAAGUCAUGUUCACGAUAUGUGUUUUCGUGAAUUCUGGCAUAGCCAUGUAUUCUGUGGCCUUCAUGAUAGUGUUAUGCUUUGCUUUAUCUAGAGAAUUCUAUGAAGUAACCGAUGAAAUCAAAUCAUUUGUAGAGAAAGAUGGUGGAUUUUCUGGUGAUCUUGAAUCUAUUCGAUUGCGUCAUCAAGGGUUAUGUAGGAUGACUAACAUUCUUGACGAUAGUUUUAUGGUCGUCAUCGCUAUUGUGUAUAUUGCUGAUGUUCCUAUGUCGUGUAUUAUCUUAUAUAAUGCUAUCUAUGUGCAACAUACUUUGGCAUUAACUUUACUGAAUGUAUUUUGGAUGGUUAUUUUGAUGGUUCAUAUGACAAUUGUAUCUAUUGUUUGCGCUCUUAUCAACGUCGCUGCGCACACACCUUUGGAAGAACUGUACAGAAUAUCAGCUUCACAGCUUCAGAAUCAACAAAUUCAGUUAAUUAUGUUUAUGAACCGACUUACUGGGGGUGAGGUUGGAUUAACAGCUAUUAAAAUGUUUAUUAUAAAUAGACCAACUAUACUAACAGUAAUUGGUAUGCUCAUCACAUAUUUUGUAUUACUGGUUCAGUUUAAAACACCAGCAACCGCAAUUUGCCAUUGUAAUUCAACAUCGUCGUAA